AAUUGCUCAAGUUCUCACGGUGACAUAUUGGAGCAUGCAGACGGGCUUAUGUUGUGGCCGCGUAUUCCCGUCAUGUGGGAUAUAAGUUUUGAUCCCGGUUAUGAAAGUUGAUGUUGACUUCGUAGAUUGUUUCGUGCGGACACGUGUUGUGUUGGAGUAACAUAACACAAUGCCCAAAAAGUGGCUCAGAGCUCGGUAUAAGGAAUGUGGAGGAAAAAACAGUGUGUCUUCUGUGAGAUUCUGGCCAGUUGUCUGCAUGCAGGGAAUGACGACUCAUUUCAAGACGAGCAAAGCUUUAAAGGUCAAGAAGGAGGCGGGCGAGAAUGCCCCAGCACUCAGUGACGAUGAGUUGGUGGCCAUGUCCGUGCGGGAGCUCAACCAGCACCUGCGUGGACUGACCAAGGAGGACGUUGUGCGGUUGAAGCAGCGGCGACGGACCCUGAAAAACCGGGGCUACGCUGCCAGCUGCCGCAUCAAACGUGUCACCCAGAAGGAGGAGCUGGAGAGACAAAAGACAGAGCUGCAGCAAGAGGUGGACAAGCUGGCCCGCGAGAAUGCCAGCAUGAGGCUGGAGCUGGAUGCAUUGCGAGCCAAGUAUGAGGCCCUGCAGUGUUUUGCCCGGACUGUGACCCGCGGGCCCCUCUCGCCGGGCAAGGUGGCCACCACCAGCGUCAUCACCAUCGUCAAGUCCGCCAACCACAACAACUCCAGCCCGACCCCGUUCUCAGCUCCCUCCUAGUGUCGACAGGACUGGGCUCUCCUCCUCCUGCCUGGUCCUUCCCGGUUCUGACCCAGCCUGAACCCACUCAUCCUGUACUGAGAGGACGCUCAGUAGAUAGACUGAGGGAUGGAAUGGGGUGGCAAGCUCUAUGUGAUGUUAUGCUGAAUUCACAAUUCUGUCUCCCUCCUUCUGUCUCUCUUACACAAUCUACAUUGUCUGUGCACUGUGCAAAUCCCCCUCCCCGACCCCCAGCACCGGCAGGGUAAUGGGCCUCUGUGACCCUACCUCCCUGACUGAUAGCAGAGAUUUGCUUUUACUCUAGUGUGUAAAAGUGUUUGACAUGCCUUAAUGUGGCAGCACUGGCCUAGGACAACUCUGAUACUUAUUGCUAUUACGCAUAAAACAUGAGAGAUUUAAGUGGUGCAAAUGUGACAGUAGAGCUAUUUGUAAAGCCUUUGCCAAAUCAUAUUUUCUUUAUGUAAAAAUGUCUCAAUGUAAAUUGAGCCUUUCGAAGCUGUUGCCUUAAAAAGGAACUAUGACAGAUCUAUAGAAAUCUCAUACGUAGUUCAACCCACAAAAGAUUUAUCGUUCCAGCUUUGAGGUCAGGUGGAUGCCACCUCGCAGCCACAGUUAACAGCGGUCUGUUGUAGCGUUUGGUAAGAGUGAAAACCUACACGUGGCUCUCUGUGGUCUGAGCUCUGCAUUAUGCAGCUGAUAAUGAUGACCAAUGUUUAGCCAAAGGGCUCUAAUAGUGAUACAGCACUGUUUAUAUUUCUGUCUGCUCGGUGGUCAGUCAUGCCAAAUAAUUUAUUUAGUAUUUAGAAGCUAAUGCUAGCAAACAGUCAAUACUCUCCAGGAAAGGCAUUCAUACAUAUGCUGACAGCAAAUUCAUUUUGUAGAUCAGAAGUUACAUUUUUCAUGUGUUUAAGAACAUUACGAACCUCUACCAUUAGGCCAGAAUUAUGCAACUCUUUGCUAGAAUAUAUUCACUCCCCUUAUUGAAGAGUUUCUUUUGCGCCUUCUUGUCAAUCUACUAGAAACUGCCCAUAGAUUAAAAAAACAAACAAAAAAGCAACAAUUUUCUCACAUCUGCAGGGUGAAUGCUUCAGGCAGAUCAGGCUGAAACGUGUUGUGCACAGUGAGCUAUGUUGUUGAAGAUAUUAGAGGCUGUUGGGAAGGUGCUGCACAUGAUUCUCUUGGUAUCUCUGUGGCCCUUUUGACUCGAGAAAUUGUUCUGAAUUUCUGCUCAUAAUAUUUUGACAUGCAUAUGCCAAACUAUACUUGAUUUCAACAGAUUUUAAAUGCUACUUGAUUGAACAGAUGGGAAGACUAAAAUAUAGAAUUGAAAAGUGAUUAAGGGUCAUUUUGGGAUAGAUUUGUGUGGAUUCAUUAGAUUGCCCGUCGAUCAUUAUAUAGCACUUAUAAGAAAACUGCUAAGAUACAGUAUAAAAGAAAACAAUCCACAGGGAAACUGAUUCUGAAUUACAGUCGGAGAUGACGACAGAUAGAAGCUAUUCUUGCAUUUCUGAAGUUACUUAGGCUUAAGUGCAUGUUGAUUAAAUGUGGUGUGACCACUUAUUGCAAGGUGAAGCCUUAUGUAACUAAGGAUGGUAUACUCUCUGAAAUGUAUGCCACAGCACUUACUGGGUGAUGUUUUGCCUCUUUCCUUUAUAUACCACUCUUUGGUAGGUAAUCCAUAUUGGAUAUAGUGUAAUGAGAGCGGUCCUUACAAGUGAAAUGCAAUUCAACUUACUUCCUGUAUAUUACAGAUUACAGAAAUGAUAAAGCUCCCACUGCCUCCGUUGUUACUUUACAUUGAGAACUCCGUCCAAAUAGAAAUCAUUCCUACUGCUGGGUCACGAGAAGUGCUGCUGCCGGUGUUGGUAACUCUGAAACAGUAGCUAUUUACUUUGCUUUUGACACACUCUUCUGCAAGAGAACUCCUGACACCCAUCUCUAGAAACGGUGGUGUCAUGACAAAUAAAUGCAGUAAACACCUUCCUCCUGUUGUACGUUUUGAGAUAUUUAAAUAUGAAAUUCACUUGAAAUCAAGCCGUUCUUACGGAGGAUCCAUUCCUAAUUUGGAGUGAAGUCAAUAGAGAUUGUUCAUGUCAGGAUUUUCUCUUGGCUAAGAGGACAUGACUGUUCUUCCCCUGUUCCAUAGCUGCAAAGAACAGUAUGGGAAACUUUGCUGCUGUACAACCUGCUGUGAUUUUUAAGCAGGGGCAUUGCUGUGUUCUUACUCUCAUUUUGUAUUUUCACUUGGUUUCUAUGUUGAUACAACCUAUGUUCUCUUUCUGAUACUUAGUUUUAUAUGCAUAUACAGUAUAUAAAAAUAUAUAUAUAUUACAUAUUUUUCUAUAUUUAUGUCUUUUACUAUCCUGGGAGUGGUGUGAUUAUGUAAUCAUUCUUUGAAGUCUAAUUAUGUUGAUGUUGACCCUUUUCUGAAAAAGUUGUAUUCACAUUUACAAUGAGAAAACUAUUCUCAUAACUUAAGUCUUCUUUGUGAGUAUUUAUACACCAUGAAUAGUUCUUCUCAGCACAGUUACUAUUUGUCUAAUUCACAAGUUGGACAGACAGUGAGUAGGGUUACAUACAGGCUGCAGCUAAUUAUCUCUAAACGAUAAAGAAUUAACCGUUUAAAAACAGGGAAAUUACAUUCUAACUGCUAGUUCACACUGUUAGUAAAGAGCACAUGUGCAUCUGUCCUAUUUUACAACAUAGCUUGUAAAUCCUUUAUAAUAUUGGAAUGAAUCAAAAGUCAAUACAGAUUCAAAUGUAAUGAACUGAGAGGUAUCUAUGCAAAGAAUUCAAAUACUUUACAUAAUUUCUGGAUCAUUUAGCUGUAAAUUUAUGUCAAACAUCUACUUUUGGACAUUAGUUGAAGAAUUAACGAGAAUAUUUCAUGUAGAAAAAGAGAAAAUCUGCUCUUAAUAUGGAGAGUUAACCUGCAUGUAAACCUAGUCAGACUUUGUGCUAGAUUUGGUUUACUUUUCUAAAGAUGACAAUUGAGUUCAGUCGACAGUUUCAAAUGAUGAAGAUGAUGAAGAUGGCAAUGCUUUUGUAACUAGUUUCAAGCUGCUAAAGACUGUCCACCCAGACCUGUUAAAUUUAAGGUCACUGAGUCUAGAGGAAUUUAUGGAAACACAUUACAUGUUUACGCAAGUCAUUUUUCAGCACAUUACCUUGCAAGACAAUUAUGCUCAAAGCAUUUUCUGAGAACAUUACAAAAACCUCUUGUGGGAAAGUUUCAAAACUGAAUGCUGUUAAAUGAGACAUUGUCUAAUUUUAGCACUUAUUGCUGUAUUUGGAUCUGAGAUGAAUGCUUUUUAGCAGCAUACAUCAAAAAUAAAACUCUAUGUAUUUCUGUACUGUGCCAUGAUAAAAGACAAACCUCUCUGUAGGUGAAUCAAGUAGUCUGUUGUUAAUCCUACAUUCAGUGUGACCCAGCAGAGGUCCACUCAUGCUCUUAAACACAUGUUGCUCUUAGGUUAUCUUACUGCAAAAGCAAAUGCUGUACUUACCACACAAUUUACAUUUUCUUCAAGGCACUUUUUCACUACAAUAAAAGCAGAGCUGCAAAAAAGAAAAAAAUUUAAAUCAAUUUAGGGAGCAUUAUGUAGACAUGAGUAGUUUAGGGGUGAAAAGAGGCAUAAACAUUACCUACCGUGGAUGUUUACUAAAACUGGUCUGAACAGCCUUCUUUCCUCCCACAGUUGAAGUGAGUGAAGCUUGUUACACCCAGGAUCUGUGAUAGAACUGUUUAAGAUAUCAGUGGUUAUUUUACAUUAUUAUAUUAACCGUAACAAUGCAAUUGUAUGUACAGAGACGAGGUCACUCAUAUAUCUUGACUAUUAUUAUUGUUAUUCAAGGUUAUGGAUUUAGAUUUUUCUUCCUGAAAACAUGUCUUUUGAGUAAAUAAGCUUUCACACACAAGCUUUGCCAGCCCUACAAGCUACAGUAUUUAACUUGUAGAAAGUCAGUUUUAGAAAUUGUAGAUUGAAGAGAUUGUUUGUGCCUAUAAAUUUAGAAUAAGCUCCGUAAUAGUAGGUAUGGAGCAUGUGUAUGGAUUACAUGGUUGUGGGUGAAACUAUGGAUGAAACACAUUGAAUGUUAGUUCAACCGCAGCAGUUUCUUUGUUAAAUUUGUACUUCAGAGAUAAAUGAAUUUCUUUGUUCUAGUCUCGUGGAAACAUAUUGAGGCUUAAUGAGUGACUGUAAACAAGGACAGUAAUAAGGCAGCAUAAACUGAAUAUGUACCCUUCACAGCUUGUCAUUAUUCUUCUCAUAUAUAUUUUAUAUUUAUUUCAUUGAUUUGUGUAAUUUUAUUAAAAAAAAACACCUAAAUUAUUUUUAUUUUAC